AUGGUGAAGUUCUUGAAGUCCGGGAAGGUGGUGAUCCUUCUGACCGGGCGGCACGCCGGGAAGAAGGCUGUCAUCGUCAAGAACUUCGAUGACGGUGCGUCCAGCCGCCCCUACGGCCACGCCCUCGUGCUGGGCCUGAGCAAAGAGCCGCGCAAGGUAACCAAGAAGAGCUCCCUCAAGGUCCAAGCCCGGCGCUCCAGCCUGAAGACCUUCAUCAAGGCCGUGAACUACACCCACCUCAUGCCCACCCGCUACACGCUGGACCUGGAGCUCAAGGGCGUGGUCAGCAACGAGGCGCUGGAGAACUCCACCAAGCGCAAGGAGGCCAACAAGGCCGCCAAGGCCCUGCUGGAGGAGAAGUUCAAGACCGGGAAGAACAGGUGGUUCUUCACCAAGCUGCGCUUCUGA